AUGCCUUUUUUUUUUUUUCCUCAGACAGCUAAUGGGAAUGUGGAAGCCAAAGUAGUUUGUUUAUUUCGAAGAAGGGAUAUUUCCGGUAGCUUGAACAGUCUUGCAGACAGUAAUGCACGAGAAUUUGAAGAGGAAUCUAAACAGCCAUCUAUGAGUGAGCAGCAAAGGCACCAGAUGAAACAUCGUGAGCUAUUUCUGUCCCGUCAGUUUGAAUCCCUUCCAGCAACACACAUACGGGGUACGUGUGACAUUACUAUGCUACAGGAGACCGAUGUCCUUCAAGGAUAUGUGGAGAGGGUAGAUUGUUUUUUCUAUUCAUUGGUAUUUGAUCCCGUUCAGAAAACUUUACUAGCAGACCAAGGAGAAAUUCGUGUUGGUUCAAAAUAUCAGGCAGAUAUUCCUGACAGACUAGCAGAAGGAGAAAUAGAUAUCCGAAGUCAGCAAAAACUGGAGAUAAAGGUGUGGGACCCAGAUAACCCUUUGACUGACAGACAGAUUGAUCAAUUCUUGGUGGUGGCACGUGCUGUUGGUACAUUUGCAAGAGCACUUGACUGCAGCAGUUCUAUCAGACAGCCAAGUUUGCACAUGAGCGCAGCAGCAGCCUCCAGGGACAUCACAUUGUUUCAUGCUAUGGAUACCUUACAAAGAAGCGGGUAUGAUCUUGCUAAAGCCAUGUCAACACUGGUGCCACAGGGUGGGCCAGUGCUAUGUAGGGACGAGAUGGAGGAAUGGUCAGCAUCAGAGGCCAUGCUAUUUGAAGAAGCUUUGGAAAAAUAUGGCAAAGACUUCAAUGACAUAAGACAAGACUUUCUGCCUUGGAAAUCUCUAGCCAGUAUUGUCCAGUUUUAUUAUAUGUGGAAAACGACUGACAGAUAUAUCCAGCAGAAAAGAUUAAAGGCAGCAGAAGCAGACAGCAAGUUGAAACAAGUCUACAUUCCCACUUACACUAAACCAAUUUUUCAACACACAAAUCAUUACUUAAGGAACAGGCAAUCAUACAUUUAUUUACCUGGAGGUGGAAGACGAGCCAGGGGAAGUAGUAGUAGUAGAAAUAUACUUCAUGAUGUGUCGUUGAUGACUGAGUCUGACUUGACCAUUGCUACUCACCGCUGCACAACUCCAGCUUGUAUCAUCAUUGUUUUUAUUUCAGCUACACAGUCAGCACAGUGGUAUGCCUGGGGUCCACCAAAUAUGCAGUGCCGGUUAUGUGCUUCCUGUUGGAUCUACUGGAAGAAGUAUGGUGGCCUGAAAACACCUACACAGAUAGAAGGAGCUGCUCGUGGAACACCGGAGCCUCAUUCAAGAAAUCACAUAUCGCGUCCAGAAUCUCACAGCCUUUCUCCAUAUACAAGCGGUGCUAACCGUGCCAAGCUUUUGGCCAAAAAUCGUCAAACUUUUUUGCUUCAGACAACCAAACUGACAAGGAUUGCUAGAAGGAUGUGUCGUGACAUCCUUCAGCCACACAGAGCAGCAAGGCGUCCUUAUGCCCCCAUAAAUGCAAAUGCUAUCAAAGCAGAAUGUGCUGUCCGACUUCCCAAAGCAGCUAAAACCCCUCUGAAGAUACGUCCCGCUAAACGGCCACUGCUAUCUGUUAUCAUAAAGGAGCUGGCUUUACAGGCUCCUUUAAAACCCAAGACACCAAGAGGUACUAAAACCCCAAUCAACAGGAAUCAGAUGAACCAGAACAGAGGACUUUCCACGAUCCUUACCAAGAGGCCUUUUGAAAAUGUUGCAGGAGGGCUCCCUUUUUCAGCCAAUGGCAGGCCACUAGUUCCUGGAAUGAGGUCCAGUACUCAGCCUCUUGUUAAACGUCAGAAAUUGAACCCUGGAGAUGCCCCUAACCCAGUCGUCUUUGUGGCUACAAAAGAAACCAGGUUACUUCGGAAGGCUCUUACACAUUUGGAGAUGCGUCGAGCUGCUAGGAGACCCAGUGUACCUGUGAGAACAAAACAAGUUCUCCCUACAAGACCACUACAGCCACCCCCACCCCUAGUGGCACAUCCAGCCAGUACCACUGAACCUAUUGUUCUUGAAGACUGAAAUAGACAAUUUUGUAAUAUUUAUGUAAAAAUCUAAUGUUCGGAUCAGAUUGGACUUGUUAUGCAUAUUUGGUUAUAAAUUGGCUGUAGGAGUUGGCGGCAUCCCUUUUUUAGAAGUAUGUUUUAUGAUUGUAGUUUUAUAAUGUCUUUAAAAUAUGUCACCUCUUUGGUUAAACGUUUACAUAUUGUAAGCGAGUUCUGCCUUCCCCUUGCCCCAUUCCGAUAAUCAUUUGAAAGCCUUCAUACUUCCAUGCAAAAAUGAGGGUUCUAAUGUUCAGAUCAUAUGCAUUUGCAAUUUUUGCUACAAUUGGUUUUUAUGAGAUACUUAAUAAAAACAAAUAUGGUUUUGA